GAGAGCCGGUGGUGACUGCGGGAGUGGAGCCCGUGUGCGGUGCCCAGCAUGGACAGUUACACGGUCCUGAGAGUGAUUGGGGAGGGCUCCUUUGGCAGAGCCCUUUUGGUUCAGCAGGAGAGCAGUAAUCAGAUGUUUGCCAUGAAAGAAAUAAGGCUUCCCAAGGUCACUGCUAAAGCAAUUAGCUCAUGUUGAAAGUGUACAUGUAAUUUGUAUAGGAAAACAAGUUCUUGAAAUUUAACGUGGAAUUGCUCCUUUGUGCAAAAGAUUUAAUGGGUUUAUUUGUUAGCUUUACAAGGUCUUGCUAUAUCUUAGGUGGUUCUUAGGAUAUUGUAAUUAACAAAAGUAAUCAAGGUUUGGGUGGUGAUUGCUGUUUAUCUCAAUGUGAAUAAUUUGUAAUAAUUUCCAAUUUUGCAUACUUAAGGGUGUAGGGAAGCUGCCCAAAUGCAACUCGGGUGCCAUAUUAAUGAAAAAAGGAACAUCAACAUACAGUGAAGAGCUGAGACCUAAAAUGCUGACCUUUGGUAUCAGGGAACCUAUUCUGUGGAUUAGUUUAUAGGUUUUAUUUCCCUGUAAGAUGAGGAAAGUGCUGAUUUAUCUGUACAGUUGACCCUUGAACAACACAGGUUUGACUGCUGUGGGUCCACGUAGAUUUUUUCAAUAGUAAAUACUACAGUGCCGUGCGAUCUGAAGUUGGUUGAAUCCGUGGAUGCAGAACCGAGGAAAUGGAGGGGUUCCUCCAUACAUGGAGGGCCAGCUAUGAGUUGUACUUGGAAUUUCAACCCCGUGCAGUCAAUGCCUCUAACCUUGUUCAAGGUCAAACUGUAUUUGUCACUAUGUAACAUAGUUGUCAGGUGAAAGAAGCCAUACCAUGGAGGCUGCCUAAUAAUGUUUUGAUCAACUAAAAAAAAAAUACAUUUUAAUAAAAUUCUCAGAGUGAGUAUUUUUUUUCCCACUGCAAUCUUGACCUCGUUUAGUGGGCAUCAGAAUCACCUGGAGAGCUUGUUAAACCAGAUUGCUGAGCCUUACCCCUGAGUUUCUGGUUGUGUAGUUCCUGGUGAGCCUGCGAAUUUGCAUUUUUAACAAGUUCCCAGCUGGUGGUGAUGCUGCUGGUCUAAGCCCCCUUGGGCUAGUACAUAAUCAGUUGCAGUUUUUUAAUUAUAAGAUAAGUCAUUCAGGAUUUUAUCCUCAUAGAGUAAGUUAGGGGAUAAACAGUUUUGGAAACUUAUUUUGCAUAUGGUCUUUGCCCAUCCAUGCUGCUGUAAUACACGAGUAUAUAUAUUUUUCAUCUGAACCAGUGGGCUGAUAAAGUGAUGCAGACAGUAAAAACAUGAAAGCCCUAGUUUUUCUUUAAGGAGCUACUAUUGUUGAUGGCAUACUGGCUCUCCAAGUCAGGUUAUACUUAGGCUGAUGUUAAGAGUAGUUUACAUUCUAUACUUGUAAAGAUAUAAGAGGUCAGCUUAAGCAUGCAUAUAGCCAUAGUUGAAAAAUCUGCACAUGUUUACUCGUGGAGUUUGAUAAACUCAAGUUGGGUCAAAGUACAGUGCUAUGAAAUUGUGUCUAGCAUUGAAAUACCUUACAAACUACUAUAAUAUCAUUUUACUAUCAGUUUUAUUAUGAAGUAUUACAUUUACGCUUAUUUAAACCUCCUUCUAGUUUUUCUCUGACACACAGAAUUCUAGGAAGGAGGCUGUUCUGUUAGCCAAAAUGAAACACCCCAAUAUUGUUGCCUUUAAGGAAUCAUUUGAAGAUACUUAAUUGGUUUACACAAAUGUGCCUUGGAGUAAAUCACAUUCACAAGAAACGUGUGUUACACAGAGAUAUCAAGUCCAAGAAUAUCUUCCUCACCCAAAAGGGAGAAGUAAAAUUGGGUGAUUUUGGAUCCGCCCGUCUUCUCUCCAGUCCCAUGGCAUUUGCUUGUACGUAUGUGGGAACACCUUAUUAUGUGCCCCCAGAAAUUUGGGAAAACAUGCCUUAUAACAAUAAAAGUGACAUCUGGUCCUUGGGAUGCAUUCUCUAUGAACUCUGUACCCUUAAGCAUCCAACCCAUGUGUGCAUUCCCUUGCAAAGUCCAGUUUUAUCAAGAACCCUGUUUCAGGCAAAUAGUUGGAAAAGUCUUAUCCUCAAAAUUUGUCAGGGGUCCAUGAGCCCCCUGCCAUCCCAUUAUUCCUAUGAGCUUCAGCAUCUGAUCAAGCAGAUGUUUAAAAAGAAUCCCUCACAUCGCCCUUCAGCCACAACUCUUCUCUCCAGAGGCUCUUUAGCUCGGCUCAUCCAGAAGUGCCUACCCCCAGAGAUCAUCACAGAAUAUGGUGAACAGGUAUUAGAAGAAACCAAAAAAUCUAUGCCUAGUACACCAAGAAAAAAGGACCCCAGCAGAAUCAGGAUAGCUUUGGAAAAUGAAGCAAGCACAGUGCAAAGGGAAGAACCAGGUGGAAAGUGUAGCCACACUGACUUAGAAAGCAUUAAUAAAAAUUCAGUUGAAAGUGCACUGAGGAGAGUAAACAGAGAAGAGAUAACCAGUUCACCAGGUCCUCUCAGGCGACAGUGGGAGAAAAAUGUAUCCAGUACAGCUCUUACAGCUUUGGAAGAUGCAUCCUUACUCACCUCCAGUUUAACGGCAGAGGACGUUAGAGGUGGUUCUGUAAUAAAGUACAGUGAAAAUAAUACCCGUAAGCAGUGGCUCAAAGAAACUCCUGAGACCUUGUUGAACAUUCUUAAGCAUGCUGACCUCAGCUUGGCAUUUCAAACAUACACAAUAUAUAGACCAGGUGCAGAAGGGUUCUUGAAAGGCCCCCUGUAUGAGGAAACAGAAGCAUCAGAUGAUGUUGAUGGAAGUCAUGAUUCUGUCAUUUUGGAUCCAGAGAGACUUGAACCUGGACUGGAUGAGGAGGAUACGGACUUUGAGGAAGAUGACAGCUCUGACUGGGUAUCAGAACUGAGACAGCGAGCUGGCUGGCAAGGAGUGUCUGAUGGAUAACACCCAAGGAAAUGUUCCUUAGUCACACUGAGGAGACGUUGAACAUGAGGAAUUGAUAUUUGGAUAAUACUGAACUCACAGGAUGUGUAUUUUCCUUUAGAAACAGAGUGAAGAGAGGGAAACUGAAUAUUUAAAAUUAUUCCUGGUUAGUAUAAGGUAUAAAAAAUCUAGAACUCUUAGGAGUUUUUGAAUUCAAAGGAGAAGGCAUAGCAGAAUGGGUAUGAGGUUUGGGCUUUGCGGUCAGAACGGAAAUUGAAUGCUACCACCUACUGCUUGUGUGACUGUGAGAAAUUAACCUCUUUGAGCCCGAAUUUCCUCAACUACAAAAUGAGGAUAACAAUGCUUACCUCAUAGGGAUGCUGACCUUAGACCAUCACGGCAGCCCUUAAUGUUAUUAUUUCCAUUGUUAUGAUUUAUGCUUGUUUCUAUGUAGCUCUUUUUAUAUCUCCUAAAGGUUUGAGGAUCUAAAUAUAUUUAACUAUAACAUAA